CUGUUAAAGCAGGUUGCUGUGGAGGGGGGUGCCCCACUUUCACCUCAGCAAGGCACCAGGUUUUGGGGAGAGUUUGGCCUUUGCAACAGCUGGGAAAAGCCACCUUUGCAGCCCCAGAGGCUUUCUUGCAGCACAACUUGGGGGGGGGGGUUCGCCCUCCAUGCUCCUCGCUGGCAUUCAGCUCCUCUUGGCCCUGAGUCGUCCAGCCAUGACAGCCAAGUAGGCCAGGAGUCACGCUGGAGGUGAGCCCCCUUGGGCUUGGACGCGCCGACGAGACCCUGAGCCAAGGACUCGGACCGCAGAAGGAGGCCCCGACCUGUGUCAUGGGGUGGCUGCUCUUGAGGCCUAAGGAGACGCCAGACGCCGUUGCUGGGUACUAAGGACACCCUUCCUCCCCAGGGCCCUCCUGGCAUAGACUCACAGCAGUGGGGGCUCGCCUGCCUGCCGACAUGGAGACCAAGAUCCCGCCUGCCGUGACCCCCACCAGCCCCUCCUCCCCGGGGCUGUCCCCUGUGCCGCCCCCGGACAAAGUGGACGGCUUCUCCCGCCGGUCACUCCGCCGUUCCCGCCAGAGGCGCUCCCACAGCUCCUCUCAGUUCCGGUACCAGAGCAACCAGCAGGAGCUCACGCCUCUCCCUCUGCUCAAAGAUGCUCCUGUCUCAGAGCUGCACGACCUCCUGUGCAAGAAGCUGCAGCAGUGCUCCGUCCUCUUCGACUUCCUCGACUGCGUCGCCGACCUGAAGGGGAAAGAGAUCAAGCGGGCAGCCCUCAACGAGCUGGUGGAGUGCGUGGCCACCAACCGUGGCAUCCUCAUUGAGCCGCUCUACCCUGAGAUCAUCAAGAUGAUCUCGGUCAACAUUUUCCGGACGCUUCCGCCCAGCGAGAACCCUGAGUUUGACCCCGAAGAGGAUGAGCCCAACCUAGAACCCUCGUGGCCACAUCUCCAGCUUGUGUAUGAAUUUUUCCUCCGGUUCCUCGAGAGCCCAGACUUCCAACCUUCGGUCGCCAAGCGUUACAUAGACCAGAAAUUUGUAUUGCUGCUACUGGAGCUUUUCGACAGCGAGGACCCUCGGGAGCGCGAGUACCUCAAGACCAUCCUCCACCGCGUCUAUGGCAAGUUCCUGGGCCUGCGUGCCUACAUCCGAAAGCAGUGCAACAACAUUUUCUUGCGGUUUAUCUACGAGACGGAGCAUUUCAACGGCGUGGCGGAGCUGCUUGAGAUCCUGGGAAGUAUAAUCAACGGGUUUGCUUUGCCCCUGAAGACGGAGCACAAGCAGUUCCUGGUCCGGGUCCUCAUCCCGCUGCACUCUGUGAAGUCCCUCUCCAUCUUCCACGCCCAGCUGGCUUACUGUGUGGUCCAGUUCCUGGAGAAAGACGCGACGCUGACCGAGCAUGUGAUACGUGGCCUUCUGAAGUACUGGCCGAAGACCUGCACCCAGAAGGAGGUGAUGUUCCUGGGAGAAAUCGAGGAGAUUCUGGAUGUCAUUGAGCCCUCUCAGUUUGUGAAGAUCCAGGAGCCCCUCUUCAAGCAAGUGGCUCGGUGUAUUGCCAGCCCCCACUUCCAGGUUGCAGAGCGGGCUCUGUAUUUCUGGAACAACGAAUACAUUCUGAGCCUGGUUGAGGACAACUGCCACACGGUGCUGCCCACCAUUUUCGGCACCCUCUAUCGCGUCUCCAAGGAGCACUGGAACCCGACCAUUGUUUCUCUGGUCUACAAUGUCCUCAAGACCUUUAUGGAGAUGAACGGGAAACUAUUUGACGAACUUACGGCCUCCUACAAGGUGGAAAAACAGCAGGAACUGAAGAAGGCGAAGGAACGGCAGGAGCUCUGGAGGCAGCUGGACGAGCUGCAGUUGCGGAAGCUGCAAGGACUGGAAGAGGCCAAGAUGAACCGCAUAAACCUGCAGCACUCCCUGGCUGUGCAGAGCGGAGGGGCCAGCUAGGAGCCCCCCUCCCUCCCCUGGAGCCCCCCACCCCCUGCCCUCCCCACCCACCCACUGUGGCUUGUGGGAGCAGCCCACCCGGGUGCAGGGCCCAUCCCAGAGAGCCGGACGCUCCCUACCCGCCCCCAACCAGCCUGUGCCAAACCAGAGCUCCUGCCUUUCGCUCCUCUUGGGGGGUGGGCCUGGCCCCCACCCACCCAGGGGGGUGACCACGGAGGAGGCCCGUUUGCUGUGAAGCAAAAUGGUCUGAGUGCAUGGCUAUGUUUGCUGGGUGUGGGCAGAAGGAGACAUCGGAGGGGCUCCCCUGCUGGGCUUGUUUUGGGGAGGGGGAAGAAUGGUGGUGAGGGGGGGUCUUAAGAGCUGUGAGGCCAGAGUUUGGGGUGGGGAUCUGGUGGGUGGUACCCAAAGCAAGAUUAAGCAAUAGGCCUCUUGAUCCAAAGCUGCCCUCCCCAUAGUGGUGGGGCUUUCUGUUUCGGAAGAGUGGGGAGCACAAAACAAUGAGGGGGUGUCCUGAUUUUUUGGGGGGGCUCCCUGGCUCCCUAUUGGGGGGCAUAGGGGUGAAGGAGGGAAGCCCCCCUCUAUCUCUGAGGACCUUGUUCACCAAGGCCUAGUCUGGUGGUUUCAAGCCCUAAACUGCUGCCCCCCUCCCCAAGUGGAAGAGCCGCAGCAUUUCUUCUCCCCCCCCCUUCCCCUGUUCUGUCUGCCCCCCCCCCAAUUUGCUCAGCCAGAAACGGAGCAGGAUUUUGGGGAGGAAAGGUGGAAGAGGACUUUCCACAAAAACAGAAAUGGCACGGCUGAGGAGGGAGUUGUAUGUGUGCAGAUCUGGGCCUAUGCAUGCUCUCAUGGGAGGCCGCAGCGGGGGGAGCGCACUGGGGUUCUUCCCUCUGGGUUUAGGGCUGUGGGGGGCUGGCAGCUGCUUUCCCCCUUCAGCAGUUUAUUGGGGGGGGGCGGUGGGGAGUUUGGUGCGUGUCCCCCUGGAAGAGAUUCCUCCCCUCUGGGACUUUUAUAGUUUUCACACUUUUGCAUCUUGGGUGGUCAGGAGUGUGUGGGGAGGGAGAGAGAGAGAGAGAGACUCAGGUGCACUUUGCUUAGAUUCUCACAGCCCCCUAUCCCCCCCCCUGAUGGAGCGUAGCUCUAACACGUUCCCCCGUUCAGCUCCCUAUUUCCACCAAUUAGAAGGGGAGGGAGGGGGCGAUCUUGACGGGAGAAGAGUGUUCAAACUCCUGCACUUUAGAAGGGCUGGUUGUUGCACAGGUGGAAAGCAGGGAUGCCUCUGAUUAUGGGGGGUGGGGGUGGAUAGGAAAUGCUUGCUGGGAAAUUGAGUUUUUUGUGGGGGGGGGGAUUGAGGGUCAGGACAUUUCAAGGGUAAGCAGACCAGGAUGUACCACCUCUCUGCAGGAGGAGGGGGAGGCGGUGGCUGCAAUCUCGCUCCUUCUCUCUCAGGUCUUGCGGCGGGUGGGGGGGGAUGACAACAUUUGGUCUUGUGGGACUCCCCCCUCCCUGACUGGGGCUGGUGGUAGCUGGGAGAAACAUCUGGGGUGUUCCAGGUCCAAAAUACUAGGGUGCUGUGGUUGUGGUGGCGAUAAAGGGGUCGGGGGGGAGGCCUUGGUUUGCUGACUAUAUCAUUCCCCCUCCACCAAAGGGUUUAGUAUCUGUGUGUGGGGAGCAGGGGGGUUUAAAAGCUCCCCACUACCACCACUGCCACCCCUCCCUCUUUGCUCGGCAUGAUGACCUCAAAACAUUAUCUGUAACCAGAAGAAUAGUCACUGGGUGGUUAUUUUGGGGAAGGGGGGGGCAUUGAGUGUAUUACAGUUUUAUUUUUUAGCAGAACACUGAAGCCAGUUGGGCACUGUAGUAUCUGGGGACACCUCCUCUUCUAUAGUCUAUUUAGAUGCCACACUCGUGUAGUUUCCACAGGGGGGGAGGCCCCGAGGCACCCAGGGGUGGGGCGGGUGGGGGGGGGAGGGAGGAUGCUGCAGAAGAGAGCUAUUUUGUUGAAGGGGGGCAGGGGCGUCGUCGGUCUUAUUUAUUAAAAGUUUCGCCCUUGCCCUGUGUUCCUUUUGCUGGACGAGUCUGUAUUCAAUAAAGAGAAACCUUCCAUGUCA